AUUUGAACGCAGACGGUGGAAGAAGCGACCUAGCAGGCUUGGGGGAUUCGGUUAUUGCGUUCCGGCUUUGGCGAAUGAAAGUUUGGAGGCUCUGUGUUCGAUUGCUUUGGGCCAAAACAGGCCAACACAAGUUACCAUGGCUUCGGAUGGGAAUGAAUGGGAAUUGAGCAAAGAAAAUGUGCAGCCUCUGAGGCAGGGGCGAAUAAUGACUACUUUGCAAGGAGCUUUGGCUCAGCAAGAUGUUUCUACUCACACAAUUAUUCAGCAGCAAAAGAGGGCAUUUGAAUCUGAAAUUCGCUUUUACUGUGGAGAUGAUCCAUUGGACAUCUGGGACAGGUAUAUCAAAUGGACAGAACAGACCUUCCCUCAAGGAGGUAAAGAGGGCAAUCUUUCUGCUGUUUUGGAGAGAGCUAUUCAAGCUUUGAAUGAACAGCAGAGAUAUUAUCAAGAUCCCCGUUAUCUUAGCCUCUGGCUUAAAUUUGGGAACUGUUGCAGUGAACCUUUGGACCUUUAUAGUUACCUGCAUAGCCAGGCGAUAGGCACUUCACUAGCACAACUCUACAUUACUUGGGCAGAGGAGCUGGAGGCAAGAGGGAAUUACAAGAAAGCUGAUGUGAUUUUCCAGGAAGGGAUCCUUUGUAAAGCAGAGCCUUUGGAUAAAUUAUUGUCCCAUCACAGGGAGUUCCAAGCCCGUGUGUCUCGACAGGUUUUAGAAGAGCUAGGAAAUGAUUGUGAUGAGGAGGAGCAGUUGGACAGUUCUGUUUCUGAACCACAGAGAACCACACUGGCAGAACUGAAGGGGAGAGGAAAGAAAAUCAUAAAAGCCCCGAUUAGUCGUGUAGGAAGUGCUGUAAAAGUCCCAAGCCAAGGACAGAGAUUCCAAUGCCCACCAUCUCAGCAAGCAUCAGUCCGUCCGACUUUUUCUGUGUUUGAUGAAAACAGAGUUGCAGAUUCUACACCUGAUCUUCCAGUACUUACACCACAGCCUUGGGUUGCUCCUCCACCCACUAAAUCAAAGGAGAAUGAAUUGAAAGCAGGUCCGUGGACCACAGGCAGGCGUCCUCGAACCAAUAUGGAUCCCACUGUCAUGGCUUCUGUUGCAACCCCCAGUUUUACUCCGUAUGUUGAAGAGACUGCAGAGCAGCAGGCCAUGACUCCUCAUAAAAUAGAGUCCAGCAUUAACUGUGUAUUAAGUGCCCGAAAACCUGGAAAAGAGGAGGAUCCACUACAACGUGUGCAAAGCCAUCAUCAAGAUGGUCAGGAAAAGAAAGAACAGCCUAUGUAUUGUAAAGAGAGAGUAUAUGCUGGAGUAGAGGAGUUCUCCUUUGAAGAGAUUAGAGAUGAAAUCUACAGAAAAAAGAGAAGGGAAGAAUUGCAGGCUUUAGCACAAAAAAAAGCCGAGUUGCAGAAAAAGAUUGAAGAAAUGGAAAAAGUGGUGAGAGAGCAGCAGGAAAAGAAUAAGCAGAAAUCAGGCACUCGGCAACAAGUGGAACAAGAGACUGCAGCCGUAUUUCCUGCUGCAUCAAAGGAUUUGAAAUUUUCCCCAACUGAACAGCAACAUGUUUUAGAUACUGAAGCAAUUGUUGAAGGAUACCUUCCAGGGUGUUUUUCCAUGAAAAGCAAUUUUGAGCUGGCUGAAAAUAAUGAGUGUAAAAAUUCAAACUCCAGUGAUGCUGAGACCUCUUCGGCUGUGAAUUCUAUACCUUUCUCUAUUUUUGAUGAGUCAUCUGCUCUAGAAAGUAAGACUGCAAGUUUUUCACUUGGUCUUUCCCUGGUACAUGGUAGACAUCCCCUCGCAAUCCGCAAACUUUCAGAAAGUAUCACUGCUAAGGAAAACAUACCUCCUGAAAAUUCUGAUGAACUUCAAGGAAUUGAACCCUUGAGUGAAUAUGCAAUUGUCACAGGCUUAUAUAAGAACAAAACUCUUUGUCCUAAUCCUGAAGACACAUGUGAUUUUGUUAGGGCUGCCCAUCUAGUGUCAACACCUUUCCAUGGAAUAACAGAACAGAGAAAUCAGCUGGAUGACAAACUAGAGCAAGAAUGUCUGGAAUCUAAGACUAUACCUCUGAAUCAACAAACGGUUGUUUGUGAAGAACAAUAUGAGGAAUCCAUCUAUGUGAAAAAACUGAGUCCAAUUUUGGAGGCAAGCCAAGAAGAUACCAGAUCUUCAGCAUCUUCAAGUUCCCCAACACAAAUCUCUACUGUUAAAUUGGAACAAAUUCCUGAGAAACUGGAAUUGAUUCACACUACUGAUGAAAUCACCAAUGAUGUUGAAAAUGCCUCUGAUGACUCUUCGGAAGGUUUGCAGAAUUCUGAACGACGCAAACAGUUCUUUCAACCUCUUCCAGAUUUCUUGACCGAGGCUUGUGGCUUUAAACAGGAGGAUCAGCUUAUGCCUUGGAUAGAAUUGGAAAAAGAAGUUAAUUUGGGAAAUGCUACUUACCAUGUUACUCGUGAGUAUUUGAUCAGUGAGCAAAACAAGAUAUUCUCUGCUGUAUCAGCUGACAUUACAAAUAAGGAUUCAGCAGCAUUUUUAAUAAAGGUACAUUCUGAGCCUGUGCCAUGGGACUUCUUCAUACUAUUGCUACUUCAAGAGCGCCUAGGUGCUGAAUUUGACCAGAACUUUAGUCAAUACUGCACUUGUUUCUUAUAUCACAAUGGCUGUGUGACUCUCCAUGAGACAAUAUGCUCUCUCACUGUUCAGGAUAUGAUCCAGCAUGAUAAAGCUAUCCCUCAAGAAGUGAUAUUGCUGAUCAUUGACAACCUCCUAGAAGUGGUGGAAAAAUUGCAUAAAGCAGAAAUAAUCCAUGGGAAUCUGAAUCCAGAAACAUUGUUCUUGGGAGACAGGAUUUACAAUCCAUUUGCCAUGGAGAAGACUAACAAAAUUCUGAAGAUAGUGGAUUUCUCUCACAGCCUAGAUUUACAACUAGAGCCAACUGUGAAUUCAUUGAAAAGCUUCCCAAUAACUCACACCCAGAUUGGACAGCAGAUCUUUAAUGAAAACACCCCAGUACAUCAGGUGGACAUGCUUGGCAUUGCAAACACUACCCAUUUGAUUUUGUUUGGCGAGUACCUGCAAGUUCAUUGGGAAGAAGACAGAUGGAAAACUAGUAGAGAUUUAUCUCAGUUCACUGUUGGUGAUUUGUGGAAUACAUUCUUUGACAAAAUUCUGAAUCCAAAUGGGAAAUCUACUGUGCCUCUUCUGCAAGAUCUCAGAGAAGAGCUGAGCAGUUCAUUUGAUGGUUCUUUCCCCGGACGCCUUUGUGAUUAUACUAAGCUGGAAGACUUCCUUGAUGUUGGAGACAUGAUUCUGACAUAGAGAAAGUGCCCCUCUUAAUAUCUCCCUACUUUUCUAUUCCCCUCUGUACCACCUAAGGCAAAUGAAAGCUCAUGCUUGAUCUUCCUGUUAGAUGUGUAAACAAUAAGAACAUUUUUCACAAUUAUUUUCUCAUAUGUUGUCAAAUGAAGCUUAGCUGAUGCCUUAAGAAUAUGUACAGUUGCUAUCUAUUGGUAGUAUUCUAUGCUUGCUUCUCUAUAAAUGUCCCAAAUUGAUUGCUUUGUAAUAUCUUAACUUUUUCAUCCUUAAACUGUUGUAAAUCA